AUGAAUCGUCUGACAAGUAAUGGCGUGAAAGUGGCAGUCAGUCGCCGAAGCGCUCGACUCUUUUCAACAUCCGGUUCACAAAAAAACACAACAAACAUUAUACCAAAGCCUUUAAAAUCACUAUGUGUGGCCAAUAGAGGUGAAAUUGUACAUAGAGUACACAGAACAGCAUCUAGACUGGGUAUUAAAACCAGCUCUGUGUAUACAGGUCCUGAUCGUGACUUGCCUAGUUCCAUCAGCACGCCAAUCAACCUCUCUCUGGGAAGUGAGACCAGUGGGUAUAUCGAUAUCGAAAGAGUAGUACAGACUGCUAAGAAGAAUGGUUGUGAUUCAAUUCACCCUGGAUAUGGGUUCUUAUCGGAAAAUGCACAAUUUGCCAAACGGGUUCGAGAAGAAGGACUCGUAUUCGUUGGCCCUCCACAGGGUGCAAUUGAAGCAAUGGGAGCUAAGGAUAAAUCGAAGGAAAUAAUGGAAGCAGCGGGAGUACCUUGCGUUCCUGGAUACCAUGGAUCGAAUCAGGAUCCUCAAUUCUUGAAAGAAAAAGCAGGUGAAAUCGGGUACCCGGUUCUGAUCAAGGCCGUUCUUGGUGGAGGUGGUAAAGGCAUGAGAAUCGUCCAGUCAGCUGAGGAAUUCGACCAACAACUCAAUUCUGCCAAAUCCGAAGCUAAAUCAUCAUUUGGCGAUGACAAUGUUUUGAUUGAAAAGUAUAUCACAACUCCUCGUCAUAUCGAAGUGCAAGUGUUUGCUGACAAGUAUGGCAAUACAGUUGCCCUUGGAGAACGUGAUUGUAGUGUUCAAAGACGUCAUCAGAAAGUACUUGAAGAGUCACCAGCACCAGGAAUCAGUGAGGAAAUUAGACAAUCAUUGUGGGAAAAAGCUAGACUAGCCGCCAAGGCAGUAGCAUAUGAAGGUGCUGGCACUGUGGAGUUUAUUUUUGACAAUGACACCAAUAAGUUUUAUUUUAUGGAGAUGAACACUCGACUCCAGGUCGAACACCCUGUUACCGAAAUGGUAUGUGGAGAGGACCUUGUUGAGUGGCAACUGCUGAUUGCCGCUGGAUUCCCACUUCCGAAAAAGCAGGAAGAGGUACAGCUGAGUGGACACUCAUUUGAGGCUAGAAUCUACUGUGAAGAUCCUUUCAAGGAAUUUCUUCCAUCCAGUGGAAAGAUUGUUCACAUGUCUCUGCCAUCUACAGGAUCACCUAGAAUCGACUUUACUUUUAAAGAAGGAUCAGAUAUCUCUGCUCUUUAUGACCCAAUGAUCGGAAAACUUAUCGUUCAUGGCAAAGACCGUGAAGAGGCAUUGGCUAAAAUGUACAUGGCACUUGGCGAGCUUGAAGUUGUUGGACCUACUACGAAUAUUGAAUUCUUGAGGAGAAUCGUCGGCAGCACCCAAUUUGGGUCUAAUAAUCCUGAUGGACUCGAGACUGGGUUUAUCCCCAAGAAUAGAGAUCAUUUGCUCCAGAUCAAGGAAACACCAUCUGCAGUUUAUGCACAAGCAGCAGUUGCCACACUCUUAUCAGAGACUUCUGCUCAAGGUCCAUUUUCUAUGUCUCCAAGCAGAGGAGGACUAUCGCGUGCCAUUGAGUUCCGGGAUCACCGUGCAGACCCCGAAAGCCCAAAUGUCAGAAUCGACAUUCAGCAAAUCGAUGAUACUCAGUUCCUAUAUUCACAAGAUGGUGGUCCUCAAACGAAGGUCUCCCUUGCUAGAUACGAUCCGGAAUCUAAAGCACUUCGCAUUGAGUUCGAAGACUACGCACAGUUCAACAACACAGUAGUUAUCGAUCCCGAAACACAUACCGUCAAUGUUUUCCAGGACGGAACUCAAUACACUUUACAACAACCCAAGCCAGAGUGGCUAGCCAAAGCUCUUGGUAUCAAAGAAGACAAACACAGUGUUAUCGCACCAAUGCCUUGUGCUAUUGCGAAAGUGCAUGUUGCUCCUGGAGAUAGCGUACAGAAAGACCAAGAGUUGGUUGUCAUCUUGAGUAUGAAGAUGGAGACUACUAUCCGCAGUCCCAGAGACGGAGUUAUCAAGUCAGUCACACAUGGUGUUGGCGACAUUGUGAAGCAGGGAGUUGCCCUCAUCGAGUUCGAAGACUGA